GCCCGAAGUUCGGUGCAUAAAUAAUAGUACUUAGUAAAGUAAAGUAUGCUUCUCGUCUCGAACCAUAUAAGCUGUGUAAGCCAGGGCUCGAAGAAAGAGCCACGCAAGCCCGGACUGCUCUGACUGAGUGUUCUUGCUCUUGAUUGUUAAGGAAGAGAAGUUCUCGUUCUUUGACACACUUUUCGGUCGCAACAUGUACACUCCAUCCCUUGUCGCCCUGGCCUGUGCCAGCUGUGCCGUUGCCCAUAGUUAUCAUGGCCAGACGACGAUGCAAGGGCCUCACCAGUCUCUUUGGUAUAACACAAUACCAGGGGACUCAAGUAAACAGGCCGACUCAGUCUUCAGUGGGAUCUCAACAUUCGCCCGCUUACCGUAUUUCCCGUGCCUGGCCAGCGAUGAUGAAAAGUUUGACAUCGCAUUCAUAGGUGCACCUUUCGAUACUGGGACCUCUUAUCGACCAGGAGCACGGUUUGGUCCCAACGGCAUCAGACAAGGCUCCCGGAAACUGGGAUUCACAGGUGGUUAUAAUGUGCCUCUGAAUUCCAACCCGUUUGACAAUUGGGGCAAGAUUCUCGACUGCGGAGAUAUCCCCGUCACAUCCUACGACAACGAAUACGCGCUUCAGCAGAUCGAACAGGCACAUAAUUUGCUCCUGAAUCGAGCGCCUGCCACUAUGGCGCGGGAACCAGGAGUCAGCAAGUCCGGCCGCACCCUUCCUCGUAUCAUUACUUUGGGCGGUGACCACACGAUUACGCUCCCGCUGCUUCGCAGUAUGAACGAAGCGUAUGGUCCGAUCUCUGUUAUCCAUUUCGAUUCGCACCUGGAUACAUGGAAGCCCAAAGUCUUUGGUGGUGCUCCUUCUAAACAAGCGGCCAUCAACCACGGCACCUAUUUCUACUGGGCAUUCCAAGAAGGUCUUCUCGCCAAUGACACCAAUAUCCACGCCGGUAUUCGUACCACACUCUCUGGGCUUUCUGACUACGAAAACGAUGGAUAUUGUGGUUUUACGCGAGUGGAGGCCCGCGAGAUAGAUACUCUGGGGACGCAAGGCGUCGUUGACAAAAUCAAGGCGCGUGUAGGCACCAAAAAUCCCGUCUAUCUCUCCAUCGAUAUUGACACCCUGGAUCCCGCGUUCGCACCAGCUACUGGUACGCCCGAAACCGGCGGAUGGUCGACGCGCGAAUUCAGAGAAAUUAUUCGCGGCCUUGAAGGCGUGAAUUUGGUGGCAGCCGACCUGGUGGAAGUUGCUCCUGCGUACGACACCAAUGCCGAGCUGACUACAAUGGCAGCGGCAGAUGUUCUGUAUGAGGUGUUGACAUUGAUGGUGAAGAGGGGCCCGUUGACGGCGCAAGCUGCCGAUAUGUGGGAGCAAAAGUAUGGGAAGAUGAUUGCAGGAGGAGAUGGGGAGGACAGAAUUCACGUGCUUGAAAAUGUGAUGGAAAAGAAGUAG